UAAAUCAUCAGCACACCUGUGAGCCACGCCCCCUCUGUCCCUUCCGGUUUCUGCUCCGAGUUUGUGUUGGAAAUGGCAGCAGCAAUAAUUUCGAUUGAACAAGACCAGUUUUGUUGUUCGGUGUGUCUCGAGGUUUUAAGAGACCCGGUGACGAUCCCCUGUGGACAUAGCUACUGUCUGGACUGCAUUGAAGACUUCUGGAAAGGGCCCAAGCAGAAAGGCCAGUACAGCUGCCCACAGUGCAGGCAGGUGUUUAACCCGAGACCUCUGCUGAGCAGAAACACAGUUCUGGCUGAAGUGGCGGAAAAGUUUCAGGGAACGAGACUUAAUGCUUCAGCUCAACACCCUGCCAAACCUGACGAGGAGAAAUGCAAUGUUUGCACCGGGAGAAAAGGCAAAGCUGUUAAAUCCUGCCUCGUGUGCUCAGAGUCUUAUUGUGCGGUUCACUCCGGAGUCCACGAAGAACGCUUUCAUGGGAAGACCCAUAAAUUAAUCCCAGCUUUAGGUCAGCUGAGAGAGAAGCUGUGCCCGCAGCAUGAUAAAUUACUGAGUCUGUACUGUCGCACUGACCAGCAGUGUGUGUGCUCCCAGUGUGUGAAAGAGAGACAUAAGGGCCACGACGCAGUCUCAGUGGCGGAUCAGAGAGCAGCACAACAGAAAAAACUCCAAGAAACCUCUUUGAAGUCUGUGCAUAAAUUGAAGGACAUGGAGAAGGAACUCAGAUAUGUUGUCAAGUACAUCAAGCACUCCACACAAGCAGCAGUGGAUGAGAGUGAGAGGGUAUUCUUCAAGCUGAUCCGCUCCAUAGAGAAACAAAGCUAUGAUGUGAAGGAGCUGCUCAGAGUCCAGGAGAGAGCAGCUGUCAAUCAGGCUGAGGAGCUGCUGGAGAAGAUACAGAGGGAGCUAGCUGAGCUGAGGAGGGCUGAUGCAGAGCUGGAGAAGAUUUCCCACACAGAGGACCACAUCCACUUUCUUGAGAAGUGCAAGUCUCUUCAUUUCCCUGCAAAGACUGUGGAGAUGCCCAACACUGAUGCGCUUCAAUAUUUGAUGUAUAAAACCAUGACAGGAGCCCUGGCUGAUCUCAAAGACGGUCUGGACAAAACACUUGAAAAAGAAUUUAACAGGGUCUCUGAAAAAGUAAUUUCACUUAAGGAAGCCAGACACCAAAGUACCUCGGUAAAGACUAAAGCAAAAGACACGGACAUAACAUACAACUCAGAACCAAAGACAAGAGCUGAUUUUCUACAAUAUUACAAUGAGAUAACUCUGGACACCAACACAGCCAAUCCCUAUCUAAGCUUCUCUGAUGGUCUAAGAGUGGUGACAACACUUUUGGACCCGCAGCCCUACCCGGACCACCCGUCUCGCUUCUCCAGCUGGGCCCAGGUGCUGGGCAGAGCUGGGAUGGCUGGACGCUGCUACUGGGAGGUAGAGUGGUCUGGUAAGGGAGGAGUUUCCAUCGGUGUCUGCUACAAAAACAUGAGCAGGAAUGGAGGAGGGAGCGACUGCAAGAUUGGACACAACUCCAAAUCCUGGAGUCUGGAUUGCUCUCCCUCAGUCUGUUCAUUUCAGCAUGAUAAGGAGACUGUGACCAUCGCUGCCCCCUGCUGCAGCAGGAUAGCAGUGUAUCUGGACUUCAGGGCAGGGACUUUGUCCUUCUAUAAUGUUUCUGAUUCAAUGGUUUUACUCCAUAAAGUCAAGACUACAUUCACCCAGCCUGUGUACCCAGGAUUUUGGGUGGGGCUGAGCUCUACUUUGAGGCUAUGCUCUCUUUAAAUGUAAAAUACAGGGUUUAAAGUAUUUGUUUGACUUACAAUAAUAAUGAAACACAGAUUUUUGUGCUCAAAACUUUUAAUAGCAUUUUAAUAACCGCACAAGCCGGGAGCAGCAUCAACACUUGGGAGCUGGUUAAGGGCUGGUGGAGCUUAGAUCUUAUUGAAGGCAGCAACAUCUACACUCUGGAUCUGCAGAGAAAAAAGGUUCAACAAAUCAAACUGUACUCAUUUGAACAUAUUUAUGGUGUUAUAGUGAUUUAAUGUACAACAAAUCUAUUUUAUAUCAGCAAUUUGUAUGUCCAUUUUAUUUAAAGUCAAUAAAGCACAUGUAUCCACCGACA